AUGGCUGGAAUCGAGAGGAGGAAAACCUGGACGGAAUUGUUGCUUUCGUUGUUUAAUUUGCUCGUAGACAACGCCGAUGGAGUGAUAGAUGACACAAGCUUAGAAAGAAUACUUGAAUGGUUAAAACGUGUGUGCCAAAAUGAACACCAACUUCAAAAUCUCAUGCAAUGUGGAACGGUUGAGUUCAUGUCAAAAGAUCAUGUUUUCACCAAUCCUGAAUCAACAGCAUUCUUUCUCAGAUUAUUGGGAUUUCUUGUUUCCAGAACGGAGAUCUUUCAUUCUCUAAAAUGUAGCAAAGACGGAGACAUUGUUUCACGGCUUUUAAUGAGGCCCAGGGAUGAACCUCACUUGUGGAAUGAGGGAAUUGUGAGAAAUGGCUAUUUCCAGGCAUUGAUUUCUCUCACAGAGCACACAGAUGGAAUGUUCUGGCUUAAAGAUUCAGGUGAAAAUAUGAUUACAAUUGAUAGCAAGGAGGCGUCACACCCAAACAGUGAAUUUGCUCCUGGGGAAGUACUUCCAAGUGAUAGCUAGGCUAAUAUAAUAAUGGAUGGGGUGGCAUUUUCACAGCUGGACAGACUAUAUAAUGGGAUUAUAUUUUUAAUACAGUGACUAGAAUAGGGUCGCGCAUUUUUAGGAUUUGGGGGAUAAGAAAAUUCUAAUUAGUAAAAAUUUAAAAAUGGAAAGAUUUGCAGUUAAAAAGCUACCAUAUUACCAAAAGUGAGUAAGAUGGGGUCUAUAAUUGGCCAAAGAAUAAUGGGUUAAGGGUUCUUGCCUGGCUUGUAUCUUGAGGAUUUGCCUCUCUUGCUACAGGGCCAUAUGAGAACCUGCUUUCAGGCUGUAUAUAAAUGUUUGGUAACCAAAGAUUAAGGAAGAGGAUAAAUUGAGGUUUACUAAUAAUAUAUCAAGUUCUCUUGACCUUUCUGGUAAGAGUUUUUUUUUUUUUUUUUGAGGGAAAAAAAAAGAAUUAACCCUUUGACCCCUAAGAGUGACUAGCUGUAGCAUCUUAUUUCUCCCAACAAUAAAGGAAAUGACCACCAAGUAAAGAAGUUCUUGAUUGUUAAACAAAUUCUCCUUGUCAGCAGCUUGGGAAAUGUGAAGAGAACAGUAUGAAGAAUAUGCAUACUGAUCUUAGGGUGUAAAGGAUGAUGGGAAUCAAUGAAAAUAAAAAUAUUCUGCAAUGUGAACAAAGUCUUAGAGUUUGAAUAGAGAAAUAAGGACAGUUAUAAGAUGGAUAUGAGAUUUAGAUACCUCUGGUAUGGGAUUUCUAUUUGUCAAUAAUUGUCUGUCAGAUGAUAACUGUCAGUUGUUUGUUGGAUUUAUUUAGGUUCUGUGAUACAUGCAUUAGACUGUAUUUCUGACAGAAGCAUGUUUGUGGCAAGUUCAGCCAGAAAAUUCUUAGUAAAGUUUAUUACUAAGGAGAGUGAGUGGAUAGCAGACCAACAGCCUCACACACAAGACAGCUUCAUAGACUGCAGUGAUCAACUUAAAAUUAUCAUCGAAAAGAUUAAAUUGAUGCUUAUUCCAGGCAUUUCACCUUCAACAACCUCAGAAAUUGCUGCUAUUGAAGUUACAAGAAUCUUGUUAUAUGAGAACUCUGUCCAUGGACAAAAGGUUCUUCAACAAAGCAAACUGUUUAUGGAUUGUUUGAAUUUAUUACAAGUGGGAGAUUUGGGGGUUUGCCAGAAACUUGUUGAUAUGAUAUGUGAGAUAACAAAAAACAGGUAAACAAUCAUGGUGAAAUAUGUAACAGUUAUGUUAAUUGCCUCUUUGAAAUAUGCUUGCAUCUAUCUAUGCGAUGGACUAGCAUCUCAUCCAGGGGGAGAGUUAAUUAGCUCUUUGAAAUAUGCUAGCAUGUAUCUAUGUGAUAGACUAACAUUCCAUUCAGGGGGAAGUAAAUAUAAUCCUAGCUCUGGCAGGGUGGGCCAAUAGGCUUGAGUACAGACUCCACCUUUACACUUAUCUAUCCAUUAACUAGGGAAUAAGUGAAUUAUGCCUCUGAAUUAUGCCUCUGAGCUCCUAAACCAGCCAGAAGUAGCCAAGAGCAUAGAUUAUGACAAUUUUUACUUUUCCAUCGCCUCCUAGAAGAUAUUUUUAUUGUCCUGCAUCACUCUCCUUUUGACCAACUAAAUCCACCCAACAGCACAUAUCAGUAUUAUCAUACUCCUCAUCAUUGAAGAACUGGCAAUUGCUUUGUUUGGCUUUUGGAGUUCAAAGUGGGUUCUGUUUUGCUUGUUUAGGCUUAAUUUCCAUCCUGUCCCUAACAUGUCCAUAUGUUUUUAGCACAUGUCCAGUGGAUUGGCAUAAGCUUACCACCAUGGAAAAUACAGUCACAACAGCAUCAGAAGUCCUUCUUGGGUCAUGUGUGGAUCUUUUUAAGAAAGGCCUCAUAACUACAGGGCUUGAGCUGAUAGCUGGUUUAGGCCCUUGUCAAGAAUGUUCCAGGUACACACUGGAAGUCAUAUUCUUAUGUAUGUUCUUCAGUAUUUAAUCUGUGAAGUAACCUUGUGUGAGUUGCUCAACUUAUAAUUCUCUCCUCUUACUUAUCUUGAUGGGUUUUGUCUUAGAGAUUUUCCACUUCACUGGUUGGAAGUACUGUUUGGUUUGGUAGAGUUACCUCUUGAUCUUGUCCUUACUCAGACAUCUUGGAACAUUGAUGAAUCACAGAAUGGCUGUUUUGCCAAUGAAAAAGAUCACACCAACACUGAUCUUGUUGAUGGACUGCUGUCCUUAGACCACCAGAAGAGAUCCUUUGCUAAGGUUUGAAAAUGGUCACACUGUUGGAUAGCACUUAUUAUAUCUUAAAUGCAUUUCCAAAUAGACUACACUUUUUUGUUACUCCAUGUUGUUUUCUCAGGGCCUAGGAAUGACUCUCUCAGGAGGUACCAUUUAAAAAAAGAGCAUUUCACCUUGUGACAUGAAGCUGAGCUCUUCAGUUGUAAGCAGGGUUUCUCCUGGCUAGCUUUAACCCCUUUAUGCCCUAACAUCAGUAUGCAUAUUCUCCAUUCUGUUUCCCAUACAUUUCCUAAGGUGCUGAUGAGGAGAAUUUGUUCAUCAAUCAAGAGCUUCUUAAGUUGCUCAUCAUUGCCUUUAUUCUCUUGACCUUUAUGUGUGAUUCAGGGUGAUAUUGUGAAGAGAAAUUAGAUGCGUGUCACUCUCAGUGGAUCAAAUGAGUUAAUCCACUGUUUUGGGAAGAAAUUGAUUUUUCUCUGACUUAUAACCACAAAUCAUCUAGUGACAAUCUUAUAUCUACUAUUCUUUACUUAAAACAGCAACAGUUACAACAUACAGUGCUUCCUUGGAUCAAAGGGAGUUCUUCCACCACUCAAGUUGUUUGUCAAGGCCUAGCUGCAGCCCAACAGCUGAUGCAGCAGGUAACUAUUCUACAGGGGUUGUAAUGGAGUGCGUUUUUGUACUGUACUUAUAAAUUUCAAUUAUGCUGCCUAAUUUAACCAUUUGCGCAUAAACAAAGGCUUGUUUUUUUUAAUUAGAAUUUGAACCUUAAAAAGAGGAACCUUUUCCAUUUCAUACCACGGGUAUUUGAUCAUAUUUGUUAGUUUCAGAGUAAUAACUGUCUUAUUUUGUCUCGUAACUUUUCUAUGCAUUUGAUUUUAUUCUUUGUUUAAUCUUUUUACUUAUGAAAGGCCUCCUCAAGACAUAUUUCCCAAGUGUUACACUGGCUAAAGCUCAGUAUAAACCUCCUUCACAACUGCAUCAGUCCGAGCGACCAUUCAGCUGUGAAGUUUCAUGGCAAUCAGAGAGUUCUCAAAGCCUUACUGGAGUUCAUUGUAAGCUUUGCUGAAGUGCAAAAAUCAAAAGGUAAUCAACACAUGUAAGGUUUAAGUGUACCGUGAUUAAGGUUUAAGGCGGAUUUGGGUGCUGGAAGAACGAUCAACAGCUUGCAAAUUACUUGCUUUUGGCCUGUUUCUUUAUGAAGCUUUAUUGAAGGUAGCAAGGAGGGGCGGGGCGGUCUUGAUCCCGUUUCACACACGAGUUUUAGAAAAAUUAAUGCGUCACGUGCACUUUAGAUAAAUCUUUUAGGAGUCACGAAUUCAAAAGGGAAACUUUCAAAUCUCACCUUCCCUCGCCUUUCUGUAAAAUUCCCGCUUUCCGUAUUAAUUCUGGGCCUAAUCACGCGUCAUGUAUGAGCCCUUCGCCACCCUCUCUAUCGAGUUCUACAAAGGUCGCGCUUGGGUUUUUACGCCGGUAAACUGAUGAAAAGUGCAGUCUACAGUCCAAAGUAGUGAUGUGUUCUCACUUUUUUUUUUUUUUCGUGUUUGGCUGAAAACUUACCACUAUCUGUCCAUUCUACUGUUUUUUAGACAUUCUUGAAGGCACAGAAUUCUUCAUUGUUUAUCAGCUGUUUGACGAUGUUGUUGAGGCGUUGUUACAACUUAUCGAAAGUUCCGAAACAAGUGAAGCUGUAAGUAGAUGAUUUGUUUUAUCAUCUGAGUUUAUGGUGCAAAUUGGCCACCGUAAAGAGUUUUAAAUACUGUCGUUUCGAGCGUUAGCCCUUCGUCAGAGCCAAGCUGUAAAUACUUUGUUUCUGCUAAUCGAUUGGUACGUUUUCUACGGAGAGCUCCAGAGAACAAAUGCUGCUUUUGGGUCGACCUUUCGGUCGCUGUAUUGCUUGUAUGAGACAUAAGGCCGUUGAAUUAUCAUAUGACACGUUCGGCCCUGCGCGCGCAAUCCUAUAGAAAACUACAUUGAAGUAGACGUGUGUAGAGCCGGACGGAUUGACAUUAGCUUCUCUGGAAAAAGGCGUCUGGACUUUACUCGCACGGCUUUGUUGCAAAAAGAAGAUCAUUGAAAUGAUAAAAAGAAGUUGAACUUUUCUAUGAAUUUCGAGUUUCUUGUUCUGACUUGAAAAAAUAAAGAAAAAUUUUUUUUAUUGUGGAAUCUUUUUUGUAGUCUUCCCGCGUGCAUCCGACACGUCUCUCUCAUCCUAUCUAAUUUGAAACAGAGUUUUCGAAAUUUUCAACUCCUGGUGGUCGUAUGAUAAGUUCUUGAUUGACUCAGUUUGGUCGAGCUAGACGGGAAAUUAUUUGGCUCUCGGUCAAAACGUAUGGACUAAGCGCAUUGGGCCCACUCGGUCAUCAAGAACAUAGUAUGAUGUCUCCUUGGAAAUCCUAAUGAGUCAUUAUUUGUUUGUUGAUUUUUAAGGUGACAUCUACUUCCUUGAAAACACUCGGAAAGGUGUUUGGCGCCGCCAAGCCAACAUACAUAACCAAGCUUUUCAACAACAGCGACAUACAAACAGACAGCGAGAUCCUUGGUGAGAAACGAGCAAGGCUUGACCAUCAUCUGCAGAAUUCUAACACCAAAACAUCAAACCGUGAAAAGCUUGCUUUCAUGCUUUAUCGGAGAUUGCGAGACUCGAGUUGGGAAGUAAGAGAUUCUACGUUGGAGUUUGUUGCUGAUCUAGUGCAGUUAGACCAAGGUAAGUCCUGCAUGUACUGGAGUGAGGCAAGACACCGCGGCAUCGGUAAUAUGGAAGUAGAAUAAAAAAAGGCACAAAAACUUUGUAAAUGCCCUGGCCUUCAUUCUUUAAAGAGAACGUAAAUUCCAAAACUUUUUUUUCUCAUCGGCGAGUGUUUCUUGUUUUCUUUGACGUACAACGUUGUUUUAUCUCUCAAGGAAGUUGCAGUAUCAAUCUCACAAAAUGGGAGAAGACUGGGACGAAGACUAAGACGAGCUAGUUUGUGAGGGUGGACCUAAGGGUGGCAAAUCUCUUCUAUGAACAACCCCCCCCCCUUUCGUGCAAAAAGGAAACCUGCACUUGUUCAAAGAACCGAUUGUUUUUUUUCCUCAGAUUUAAUUGAGGAGUUCCUCUGUUUUCACAAUAUCCCUGCGAUAGUGUGGAAUACUGUAAAUGACAGUGACAGCUACGCCCGUGCCUCUGCUCUCCUUGUCACUGGUUCCCUGGCCUGUCGAUCAAAGUUGUGGACAUCUCUUCUUCAAAAUAGUCAACUAUCAGAGGUAUUUUCCGGCUUCAAUACCUAGCGUUACUUAUCUGGGGAAAUUGAUGGUAUCUGUAAGUGUCAGUAGUAAAUUUUUGUCGAUGACAUAUCCUGCCGUUCUUGAACACCCAUCAAGCGUUGAUUGAAAAAACCAACACUCUUGUGAUCUCUUUAAGUCAAUUUAUCGCCUUUGGGGGGAUCGGAUGAGUUUUGUUGUGUCACAUUAAAUUUACCUGAUUCCCACCUAAGGCUCUGUAGUAUUCUAGUGACCCCCCUUACUGGUAGUCAAUUUUCUAUAUUACCCCCUUAAUACUCUGUUGGCGACUGACUCCCUCCCCUCCCUCCGUAUUCCCUGAGAAUCGUGUGAUCUUCCCAAAAUACUCUGAUCCCCUCCCUCUCUCCCCACCCUCCCUCCGGGCGAUAAAUAAUUAAUUCAAAAAUUUUGUGGCUACUUCCGUUCUCAACAGGAACUCAUCUUAGAGAAGCUCUCCACGGUUCUGGUAGAAGACGAAGAGGCCUUCCCACGUCGUAGAGCUAUGGAAUGCUUAACUUUGUGGACAAGAAAACGUCAUCCCAUUGCUGUCCGAAUCAUUCGCUCCAGCAAGGGAGUGAAAGACCAAUCACCGACCAAGGGAAGUCCGACAUGUGAUGAUAUUCAGGACUUACAGCUCGGGAACCAAUCGGAACAGGUCGGAAAACAAUUGGUAGCUGCAGAGACAACAUCGAGGUAUGGAAUAACGACACAAAGAAUCUGCCGCGCUUGUCAGGAUUUUGACUGGGAAGUCAAAUUACGAGGGUUUGAGUUCUGGGAAGCAGUUAUCUGUCACAUUACUGGUUUAAAACCUAACAAGGAAAGCACGAAUACACGUAAUACGUGUGAUGGUGAACGUUUGAAUAAACAAGAUGUUGAUGAAUGCCUACAGGUUCUUUUCGAAAUGGGAGCGUUGAAGAUUUUUAGCGAAGCCGUUAGCGAUUGCGACCACAUGGUUUGCGAGAAAUCUCUUGAAGUGUUAGGUAUUAUACAACACAUUACAAAUCAAGAUAACUCCAUCGUCGAACAAUGGAUCAUGACAUCGGGAGAUUUUCAGGAAGCUCUGGGGAAUGGGUUCGGUUUGGAGAAGUUCAAGGAAGUUUUACUGGAAACUGAUCUAGCAUCAGUGGCUCUGUCGUGUGAAGCCGCUGACAACGCGCUCAGAUCUGAUCCGGUUUCUUUGCUAGAGGACGUUCUCUUAGCAGCUAGACAUCACGAGGAAAAUCUUCUGGACUGUUACUGAUGUGAUAGCUAUCUUUCUGAACUCGACGUCUUUUCCAGGCUCUCUAUUCUUUCCACAAGGAGACAAGAAGAAGAGAGAGCCUAGGGACUAGGUUCCAAAUUUACCCAAAUGAGUUUUUAAUUUAAGUCUUUCACUCUCAGGAUCUAAAGAGUUCUCCUCACUGUCCAUUAUGCAUAUCCUAUAAUUGUAGCUUUGAGAAAUUGGUGUUAAUUGCAACCAAAUCCCUUAACCUUCCUGAUAGAAAUUGUUUGACAUUGUAAGCAUAAAUUCCUUGUUGGUCUUUCCAGGGAGUUUAAGGGUUAAAUAAAAUCAAAUAGAAGUUUGUUUCUGACCUUUUUAUUCACCCACUAGCCUGAAGCACAACUGAAAUUUCUGAAUAAGACUACGCGCAGUCCUUGCUUUUCGGGGAGGUCCGUUGCUCAAGUCGAAAAAAAAAAAAUCAGAGAAAAUAACAAACUUAUGAUAGUACGCCGCGCGGAACUUUGCGUUAACACCUUUUUCACAGAUGUUUUACCCGCGCGACUGACUCCGCCGAAAAACAGGGACAACUCGUAUUCUA